AAGAAAUAUCCAGUAAAGUUCCUGAAGCACAUCCAAUGAAUGGUGGAGAUGGGCCCAACAGCUAUGCCAAGAACUCAACUUACCAGAGGAGUUGUGGGUGUUGCUAAAGAGCUUCUAAACAAGGCAAUUCUAGAAAAGCUUGACAUAGACAUCACGCUGUUGUCCAACACCUUUCACAUUGCAGAUCCGGGUUGCUCUGUUGGUCCAAAUACAUUUUAUUCAGUGGAAAAUAUACUUGAAGCAGUGCAGUCCAAGUAUCAAAUCCAGGGGCAGAAUUCCCAAAUCCCAGAAUUUCAAGUUUUCUUCAAUGAUCAUGCUCAAAAUGAUUUCAACAUGCUUUUCAAAUCCAUCCCUCAGAACAGGCAAUACUUUGCAGUUGGUGUGCCUGGUUCUUUCCACGGCCGGCUAUUUCCUAAAGCUUCGAUUCACAUUGUUCACACUUCUUAUGCCAUUCAAUGGCUUUCUAGAGUACCAGAAGCGGUAGUGGACAGCAGCAGUUCUGCUUGGAAUAAAGGACGAAUCCAUUAUUCAAAUUCCACAGAUGAAGUAAUAAGGGCUCAUGAAACUCAAUAUAGUGAGGACAUGGAGUGCUUCCUGCAUUCCAGGGCACAAGAGAUUAUGUAUGGAGGACUGAUGAUACUUAUGAUUCCAGGCCGCCCCGAUGGAACUCCUCACUCCCAUUCUCAGGCAAAUAUGACCUUACAAUUUCUAGGAUCAUGCCUCAUGGACAUGGCUGGAAAGGGAGACGUUAGUGAAGAGAAAGUAGAUUCAUUUAACAUACCUAUGUAUACCAUGUCUCCCCAAGAACUGAAAACUGCUGUAGAACCAGGCACGGAACCAGGGGUGGGCUGAGGUAUGCUGCAGCACACCUCAACCAUUUGGAGAAAAAAAAAAUGAUUAUAUAUAUAUAUGCUGCAACAAGCCAACAACUCUCUUUUUUUCUCCCCUUGUCUCCUCGUCUGUUGUCCCCUCCUCACCUUUUCUCCCCUUCUCUCCUCUUUUCUGUCUUUUCUCACCUCUUAUGUGACUCCCCUCCUCACCUUUUCUCCCAUUUUCUCCUCCCUUCUGUCUUUUCUCCCCUUUUUCUCCUCUUUUUUGUCGUCCUCUCCUCACCUCUCUCUGCACAUCAGCGUCGGUCUCUCACCUCUCUCUACCAAGUCACUCACUCCUCUCCUCAGCACUCUGCUCUCAUUCUCUCCACUUUAUUGAGGUAUGAAUUGAUGAAAUUAGAAUGUGAUUUAGGUUAGAAUUUGGGUAUUUCUAGUUUUGUUGAUGUAAGGGAUCAUUAAUAUUGUUGACUCAUCUUCUAAGCAUGUUUCUGAGUUAAAAUCUAUUCAAGAAGUUGAAGUUGUGGAACAAAUUGCUGUUGGGGAACUUGAAACUGGAAAGUGAGCUAACCAGACAUGCAAUUUGCAAAGAGCUGAAGCUACUCAGUGGAGUUCAAGGUAUUAUUCUAUCAAGAACUUGAUGAAAUUGUACAACUCAAUUAGUUCAGUCUUGAAAAACAUGAUAGAUAGUGGACUCAAUGGAAAAAAUACGUGGAGAGGUUUGGGUGCUUCUAAAGCUCUUAGAUCAUUUGACAAUGUUAUGCAAUUGAGAUAUACCAUCUAAACGAAGUAGAAUCUGCCAAAUUUUUAAGCAUAAUUUAGCACACCUCAAAUUUAAUUCCUGGUUCCGUGCCUGUGUAGAAUGAAAUGGAUGUUUUAGUAUAGAGAUAAUGUCAGACUUACCUCAUCAUCAGUUGGUAGAUGACACUAUCUCCCUAUCUCAACUACUUGCCUCUCACCUGAGGGCGGGCAUGGAGGGGAUCGUCAAGCAGCAAUUUGGAGAAGAAAUCAUAGAUGAGCUGUUUGACUUGUAUCGGAAUAAAUGUGAAGAGCAUGCCUCCAUAUUUAAGUCAGGGAAGUCAUGUAACUUUCUUGUUGUGCUUAGGCGCACUGCAGAUUGAUUUGGAACAUGCUAUUGGUGAAGCAAUUGUUGAAUUUCCCUUUAGCUUCCUUAUUAUGCUUGUUUAUAACUACACAACAAAGUGACAUGUAAUAGUACUACAAUAAAACUUUGUGAAGAUAAAGUGUCAAAAUGAG